UAUAUAAACGGUAUAUUAUUUAGACUAUAUAGUACUGCUAUUGCGUUUAUAAAUGCAAUAAUUUGCAAAUCUUUUCAUUACGGCACACGUCAAGCGUUUGUCAUGCUUUGCGCACAGACAGUUACUUGAAAGGCAAAAAAAGCUCCAAGGACCCCGGCGGAAGAAUUCAAAUUUUCAAAACAAAUUUGAGGUCGUUGUUUUGACAUGUCGGCGCGAUCUGCUACAGCCACAACAAAAGUUCUAAUUUGAAAGAAGUUAAAUAAUGGAUACAGAUGACAAGCAUGACUCCAGAACAAGUAACAAAUUGGUGGAUAGUCCUAAACCACCUUCAAUCGAGGAUUUUAUCGUAUUGAAGCCUAUCAGUCGCGGUGCUUUUGGCAAAGUCUAUCUUGCACGGAAGAAGUGCAGUUCGCGAUUAUAUGCCAUUAAGGUAAUGAAGAAGGCAGGCAUGGUUGAUAAAAAUAUGACGGGACAAAUGAAAGCAGAGAGAGAUGCACUCGCUCUGAGUAAAAGUCCCUUCGUGGUUCACCUGUUUUACUCCCUUCAGACUGCUACCAAGAUCUAUCUGGUAAUGGAGUACCUCAAUGGUGGAGAUGUCAAAUCUCUCAUUCACAUUUAUGGAUAUUUCGACCAGGAUAUGGCUGUAAAAUACAUCUCAGAGGUGGCUUUGGCUUUAGACUACCUUCACCGUCAUGGCAUAAUCCACAGGGAUCUGAAGCCAGACAACAUGCUUAUAUCCAACGAAGGUCAUAUCAAACUAACAGAUUUUGGCCUUUCUAAAGUCAAGCUUGACAGAGAGCUGAGCCUUAUGGAUAUCCUGACUACUCCAUCCUUGGCUAAACCCAAAACGGAUUAUUUCCGCACUCCGGGUCAAGUCCUCUCCUUAAUCAGCUCUCUUGGAUUUAAUACACCAAUGGGAGAAAGCAAGCGUCACUGCAGCGCAUCUGCUGUGUCCAGUCCCAUGAGCUGUGGCAAAAUGAAACAGAAAAAUAACUCUCUUGGUUCUCCCUUAACAAACACUCAGCUGCACUCUCCAGCUAGCUACUCAUUGAAAUUAGGACCUAACACCACAGUGUUGAGACCUCAUAGCCUGGCUAAAAAUUUGACUCCCACACUGCUGAAGACCAGAAACAGGUUUGAAACGAUAAGUCAAGGGAGCAUCUCUGACAUUGAAGGUGCCAUCAGUCCACUGUGGGAAUGUGAGGAGUCCAAAGGGCCUGAACAAGACUGUGCCCCCACAAAACCUGGUAUACUGAGCCUCUCUGCUGAGGCCAUAAGCAAUCUGCCAAGCAAGUCAAAUCGAGAGCAUCUUGCAGACAAGAGGCCUCAUACCAACAAAAUGAAGUCUGUUGCUCAGGGGGAUGUUUGUCUGUCAGUGAGACAUGACACUCAAACUGCAGGUCCCUCAUCUCUGAAGAGAACAUUUUCAGAUGUAGAGAGAAGCCCAGACCCACUGGAGAGCCAAGCCAAGAAGAGUAAUUCCGAUUACAAAAGAUGCUACAGGAUUCUGGAAGAGACUGCAAGGGGUCACACUGGCCUGACUGAAACUUUUUCCACUGUACAAAUAGGUAACUUCAUGGUCUCCACUGGGUUAGCUGAAGACCAGGAUCUAAUGCGCUCCAGUUCCAUUGCUGUGGCUAAAACCCUGUUUUGUGAACUGGAAGAGCCAGCAGAAGGCGUGUUUGAAGAUGAAGCCAAAGACUUGAGUUUCACAUCAGCUCUUGCUGGGAACAGUGACAUUUGCAGGAGCUUGAGCCUUGACUCUGAUGGGUCUGUCCAUGAAAUGUCACUCGAUACUGAGAGCUUCUUAUCUCUCACCCAGAGCAAGUCUUCCAGAGAUAGGAAUUCAGCAUCACCUGAAGAGCAAAAGGAAAAUAAACACCCAUCAAUCAGAGUGGCACUCCUACAGACUCCAUCUGCUGGUUCCUUUGUCAGCCAGCUCAUUGAUCUCCCCUGCGGUGUGGCUCAGUCACCCUCACUCCUCAAGCCACGAAAUGUCGUAGCCUUCCGGAGCUACUGUAGCUCCAUUAACCGCUCCAAUGUGUCCGGGGUGUCCCGACAUAGCGUUGGGUCUGUGGAGGCCAUGGAUACGUCCACAUCAGCCUCUUACCACUCUGCGACUGGCACCAUAACACCAGUGCAGAGAAAACUCAACUCCAACAGCUCUCUCCCUCAGAUGGUUCAGUCCACUUCGAUCUCCUGCACCCCUUAUAGGACUCCAAAGAGUGUUCGGAGAGGCACACUGCCUGCUGAGGGUGCCCCUGUUGUAGGAACCCCUGACUAUUUGGCUCCAGAGCUGCUUCUGGGAAAACCACAUGACUGCAUGGUGGAUUGGUGGGCGCUGGGUGUGUGUCUUUUCGAGUUCCUCACAGGUGUACCGCCUUUCAAUGAUGAGACGCCUCAGCUGGUCUUUCAGAAUAUUCUCAACAGAAAUAUCCCAUGGCCUGAGGGAGAGGAGGAGCUGUCUGAAAAUUCAGCUAAAGCCAUUGAAAUACUUCUGACAAUGGACAUGACCAAGCGGGCUGGUCUCAAGGAACUCAAGCACCAUCCACUGUUUGAGGGCUUGGACUGGGACAACCUACAGAACCAGCCAAUGCCUUUCAUACCCCAGCCAGAGGAUGAAACGGACACUUCGUACUUUGAGGCAAGAAACAACGCUCAGCACCUUGUUGUGUCCGGCUUCAGUUUAUAGACUUAUGAACAUUAACAGGGAUCCUUUGCUUUAUUUUUACUUCACUUUUAUAAGAGCAGCUGUGUGUGUGUGUGUGUGUUAAUAAAUCACUUUAAUUCUAAACAUAUACAAAAAAACAGACCCAUUGUUCAAAUAAUUGCACAGUAAUGUUUAUGGCCAACUCAUGGUUCAAGGUUGUAUUAAUUAAAAAAAAAGUGCAAUCACUGGUCAAAGCUCAAUAUGUUGGCUGCUCAGGCAGUUACAAGCAUAUUAUUAUAUGCAAGUAUGAUAGCCCUGAUUCCACCAGAAAGUCCCUGGUACUUGUUAUUCCUAGAAACUUAAGUUCAAGAACGGUCCCUGAGGUAAAGUCCCUCAAGCACAUUGAGAGUAUAUUUCUCUUUGAGGGCACAAUACUACUAAAUAAAAACCUGCUAAUAUAUUUGUAAAUAAUUUAUAUGUAAGUCGUGUUAAAAAUGUUUUGUUGGAUCUUAACAAAACUGUUUUGCUGCUUUUGUCAUACUUUUGUUAUUAUACCCAGUCCACUUUCCACACUACUAGGUUUUCAAGUUUACUAGACUCCUUAAUGCAUGCGAAAUUUUAUU